GGCGGCAGUCACUGUCAGCGAGGAGCCGUAGCCUCUAGAUCGGAUCCACCAGUGUCCCCAGAACUUCGCGUGCACGGCGGAGCGGGAGCCAGUCCGCGCGCUGUGGCCCGGGCUUUCCCGGGGUGCACGGGGAAGAGAGAGGGAGCGGCUUUCGGCGGCCGGGCCCGAGCAGGGGCCGCCCAGCCUGAGUCUCCUGCCGCGCGCCGGCAGCCCCCGGCUCGGAGCGGGCGCCCUACCGCCGCGCUGCCGGCCGCCCGGCUCUCUCCAGCCGCCCGACACACUGCGGGAGGAGCCGCCGGCCGCCGUGACGCGUCAGGGAGGAAACGGCGGCGCCCGGCGGCCCUGCGGGGAAGGAGGAAGCGCGCGAGUGCGCUCGCCUCCGCCCCGCCGCACUAGGAGGCAGCACCGCGCGGACCGGGGUUGCAUGAUGGAAUUUGAAUAUUACCUCAAGAGGUUUUAUGCUUUGGAUUAGCUAACAGUGUUUGUCCUCUGCUGACUAUUUCUCGGACUCAUUUUUUGGUGUCCAUUUGAGGCAAUAAACCCAAAGGGAUUAUACCAUGGACUACAAGGAAAGCUGCCCCAGUGUAAGCAUUCCCAGCUCAGAUGAACACAGAGAGAAAAAGAAGAGGUUUACUGUUUAUAAAGUUUUGGUCUCAGUGGGCAGGAGUGAGUGGUUUGUCUUCAGGAGAUAUGCAGAGUUUGAUAAACUUUACAAUACUUUAAAGAAACAAUUUCCUGCUAUGGCCCUGAAGAUUCCUGCCAAGAGAAUAUUUGGUGAUAACUUUGACCCAGAUUUUAUUAAACAAAGAAGAGCAGGACUGAAUGAAUUCAUUCAGAACUUAGUUAGAUAUCCAGAACUUUACAAUCAUCCAGAUGUCAGAGCAUUCCUUCAAAUGGACAGCCCAAAACAUCAGUCGGAUCCAUCCGAAGAUGAGGAUGAAAGAAGCACUCAGAAGCUACACUCUACCUCACAGAACAUCAACCUGGGACCAUCUGGAAAUCCUCAUGCUAAACCAACAGACUUUGAUUUCUUAAAAGUUAUUGGAAAAGGCAGCUUUGGCAAGGUUCUUCUUGCAAAACGGAAACUGGAUGGAAAAUUUUAUGCUGUCAAAGUGUUACAGAAAAAAAUAGUUCUCAACAGAAAAGAGCAAAAACAUAUCAUGGCUGAACGUAAUGUGCUUUUGAAAAAUGUGAAACAUCCAUUUUUGGUUGGAUUACAUUAUUCUUUCCAAACAACUGAAAAGCUUUAUUUUGUUCUGGAUUUUGUUAAUGGAGGGGAGCUGUUUUUCCACUUACAGAGAGAACGGUCCUUUCCCGAACACAGAGCUAGGUUUUAUGCUGCUGAAAUUGCCAGUGCAUUGGGUUACUUGCACUCCAUCAAAAUAGUGUACAGGGACUUGAAACCAGAAAAUAUUCUUCUGGAUUCAGUAGGACAUGUUGUCUUAACAGAUUUUGGGCUUUGUAAAGAAGGAAUUGCUAUUUCUGACACGACAACAACAUUUUGUGGGACACCAGAGUACCUUGCUCCUGAAGUAAUCAGAAAACAGCCCUAUGACAACACUGUAGAUUGGUGGUGCCUUGGUGCUGUUCUCUAUGAAAUGCUGUAUGGAUUGCCUCCUUUUUAUUGCCGAGAUGUAGCUGAAAUGUAUGACAAUAUUCUUCACAAGCCCCUAAGUUUGAGGCCAGGAGUGAGCCUCACAGCCUGGUCCAUUCUGGAAGAACUCCUAGAGAAAGACAGGCAAAAUCGACUCGGUGCCAAAGAAGACUUUCUUGAAAUUCAGAAUCAUCCUUUUUUUGAAUCACUCAGCUGGACUGAUCUUGUACAAAAGAAGAUUCCACCACCAUUUAAUCCUAAUGUGGCGGGACCAGAUGAUAUCAGGAACUUUGAUGCAGCAUUUACAGAAGAAACAGUUCCGUAUUCUGUGUGUGUGUCUUCUGACUAUUCUAUAGUGAAUGCCAGUGUACUGGAGGCAGAUGAUGCAUUUGUCGGUUUCUCUUAUGCACCUCCUUCAGAAGAUUUAUUUUUGUGAACAGUUUGCCAUCCAGAAACCAUUGAGGCGAAUACAAGCCUACAGAUGAGACUGAAACUCCUGUUUGUGUGAAUAUAUUCAAAUCUGUUUAACUAGUGCCUCAUUUUUACAUGUAAUGUUAAAUAUGAAAAAUGUAUUUUCUGCUGUAUGCAAGAAAAUAGGGCAUUUCAAAGAGCUAAGUUUUGGAUUAAAAUUUGUAUUAUUGUUUAUUAGCUUAUUUUUAAACAAAUUUUAAAAGCUAUUGUUCUCAGCAUUAACCUAUUUUUAAAGAAAACUUUUUGCUAAUGACUGUUUUUCCCCCUCAGUUUACACUAACAUCUACCCAAGACAGACUAUUUUGCAACAGCCUAUUUCAGUUCAGUUAACAUAAAUUAAUGCCUUUGUAACUCUCUACUUUGACCUUUGUUCUCAGAUCAGAACUAUGCAAUUGGUAUGUGGUUAAGAAGAAAUCACAUCUUUCCAUGAGAAGUCGUUGGUUGACAUAAUCAGUUCUUCGUAGGAUUAAAAUGUAAAAGCAUAGUUAACACAUGGGCUGUGAGUUAACACUUGGAGUAAGUGUUCAUUCUGCAGAUCAAAUUAAGAAAUAACAAGGAGAUCCUUUACUUUUGAAAUACCAAUUCAAAUUUGCGAAUUUUUUUUUUCUGUAAGAAAAGUAAAAGCUUAAUAGUUAGAAGGUUUAAAUAUUCCCAAAGAUCUGAAGGGUAAUAAAAUACUACUGGAUUUUUUUUUAGGUGGUGCCAAAAAUGAAUGUCUCUGUGUCAUGUAUUUAUAUUACAAAUACAUUCUAUUUACGUUCUUUCUGGUCUUUUGAUGUUAUUGUUAAGUAGGCCUAAAUCUCAGUAUUUGCUUUUGCAGACAGCUGUGUAAAACUGUUUUUCUAAUUGGUUAAUAAGUGAAAAAUAUUGAGCUUUCUGGAGUUUUUACCUAAUUGGGAAUUAAAAAACAGAAUAGCAAAUUCUAGGUCAGUGUAAAUAUAUAUUUCGCUACAAUGUAACAAGUUAAAAAUAAUUCCAACAGAUGCAAUGACAGUAUCUUACUUGUCUUAUGAAAAGUACAGGAAACUGACCUUAAAAUCAUACUAAAAACCAACUAACUGUGGACUUGUCACUAUGAAGAGAAUACAGAAAAACUAAAAAGAGUGCUUGUCUUGGAAUUCUGCUUCUUAGAGUAGAGAUUCUUCAAGUCAUGUAGGAAACAUUGUGAAAGUUUCGAGACCAACUUUAAAAGCUUAAGGAACAAGCAUUCUUUCCAUGUAUUUCCUCUUGAGAAAAAAAUCACAGAAGCAUUUCACACCAAUACCCUUUGGCUUAAAAAUGUUCAUCAAAAUGGGGUGGGGGAGUGUGCUUUUGUUAGAUUAAUAAUAUUUGCAUCCAAUACACUGAAUCUUACUUUAGAGGUAAGACUUUAAUAGGGACACUGUAAAUAUUUGGUUUAUUUGGCACUACUGUAAGUUCUGCUUUUACACAAAGCUCUUUGCUUAUUAUAAAGCAAAAUAAAAACUGUAAUCUCCUGUAUGAUUUAUUUUUUACUCAGCCACUCCUUAAUUAAACUGCCAAAAAUUAAAGUGCAAUAUUGUAUAUUUUUAAGAACAAAUUUAAAAUAUUAUGCUGAUGUUUAUUGGAUACAAGAAAUACAACUCUUACAGUAAAAUAAAACUAGCAAAAAGAUUAAUAAUCCUCUAAUUCCUGUCAUUAUUUUAAAUUAAAUUGGUGAUGGUUUAUAAAAGUCAUUACAAAAAUGAUUUGUAUAUGUGAGGAAUAAAAGUAUAAAACUUAAAUAUUUGGACACACAUAAAAAUUAGAUUAUAUGGAUUAUCAUAGGCUGACAUAUUUAAUAUUCAGGGAACAAAACCUCUUCCAAGUUUCAAGUUUAUUUUUUCUUUCAUAGCAUGCUAAAUCUUUUAGAAAAGAAGUGUGUGCCCUUUGAAUAGUUGAACCAUUUCAUGGCUAUUACCAAAAUAAACUCAGAGGUCUAAAUGAAGACUGCCUAACAUUCUUCAUGUUAUCCAUACCUCUUAUUUUAUUGCAUAUGGUACAGUGUAGAGCUUCCCAGCCAUUGUUACAUUAUAGCACACACUGAAAAUUACAAAUUUUUGGCAUACCUGAGGAGAGGUGCUAAAUGAUGCAGGUACUGGCAAGCAGGUUCUCUGUUCAAGAUUUUUAAAUUCCAAAAUAAUUUCUGAACUUAAGAUAUUUACAGAGAGAGCCAACAAACACUGUUUGGAUUUAAUUUUAGCAAUGGUGAACAUUUAAAAGGUGGUUUAAAUAUUUGAAAGAUUUAUUGUAAAAUUUUAUCACUAUAAAAACCAUUACCAGUGUCUUUUAGCAUACUUGUUAACUAGUAAUUAUCCAUAGGCAUAAUAUUACAAAACUUUACAUAUUUUAUGAGUCAUUCUUUUGUACAUCAUACACUAUGUGAAAAACAGGAGUGAGAAUUACAGGAACGUUUUUGGUGAUGUUUGAAUGACUUUUUUCAAUAAAGUGUUUUGAAAUUAA